AUGAAUGCAGUGCACAAAUUUGUUUUGUUUUUGUACAUUCCCGUAAUCUAUUUCUUUAUCUAUCUAUCUAUCUAUCUAUUUGCCUGUUCAUUAUCUAUUAUCUGUCUCUCUCAUCCUGUUCAUAUCUAUCUAUCUAUCUCUCUCAGUGUGUUCAUAUCUAUCUACCUACCUAUCUCACUGUGUUCAUAUCUGUCAGUCUGUCGCUCUUUCUCUCAGCCUGUUCUUAUCUAUCUAUCUAUCUCAGUGUGUUCAUAUCUACCUACCUAUCUCACUGUGUUCAUAUCUGUCUGUCUGUCUGUCUUUCUCUCAGCCUGUUCAUAUCUAUCUAUCUCAGUGUGUUCAUAUCUAUCUACCUACCUAUCUCACUGUGUUCAUAUCUGUCUGUCUGUCUCUUUCUCUCAGCCUGUUCAUAUCUAUCUAUCUCAGUGUGUUCAUAUCUAUCUACCUACCUAUCUCACUGUGUUCAUAUCUGUCUGUCUGUCUCUUUCUCUCAGCCUGUUCAUAUCUAUCUAUCUCAGUGUGUUCAUAUCUAUCUACCUACCUAUCUCACUGUGUUCAUAUCUGUCUGUUUGUCUGUCUGUCUCUCUCUCUCUCUUUCUCUCAGCCUGUUUAUAUCUAUCUAUCUACCUAUGUAUCUCAGCCUAUCUAUCUAUCUCUCUCAGCCUGUUUAUAUUUAUCUACUUAUUUAUCUCAGCAAGUUUGUAUCUAUCUCAGCCUGUUCAUAUAUAUAUCUGCUGUGUAAUUCGAUAG